AUGUCCACCAACCACCCUGCACCUCCACUCCCGUCUCAAUCUCCAUCUCCAUCCCUCUCACUCCCUUCAUCCCGUGAUUUCAUGACCUCUCUCUUCAACAGUCUUACUUCUUCUUCUCGUUCUUCUACUUCUCCAAUACAAACCUCAGACAGAAAUAUAACAUCAGAUUCUAUCUUAUACACUCGGAGAUUUUCAAAGGAGGAUGAGAGGGAUGAUGGGAAUGGGAAUGGGAAUGGAAAUGGAAAUCCAUUAAAGCAACUAGAUGCGCAGAAAAAAGCGUUAUUAAUGACACUCCAUGUCAUCUUCCCUCCGCCAUUGCUAUUACACGCGUUAGAUUUGCUGGAUAGAGGGGGGGUGGGGCGGGUAGUUUUGAAAGGGGAGGGAGGUACAGAGGAAGGAAUUAGUAAGAGGGAGGGGCUGGGGGAUAGAAGGGAUGAUGCGAGAGGGAACAUGGAGCAGGAUGUUAGUAGCGAAAGAGAGAAAGAGGCAGAGAGUCGUCGAAAUCUGAAAGUCGAAGAUACAGAAGUAGGAGCGACGACUACCAAGGCUCAUAACCCCCAAGCCACUCCAUCCACAUCCACAUCCACAUGCGCAUCCGCAUGCAUAUCCCCGCACAAAAAUUAUUCCCCUCUCGCUCCUGUCCAUCCCAGCCCAAAUCACCGCUCGCCCCCCAAAACAAAACCACCAAUACUCUACCAAGUGCGCUCCUCCCAACCCCCCAAAUGGCAUUCCUCACGCUCUGCUUCCGGAAUAGGAAUAGGAACAGGCCAUGCAUCUGCAUCUGCAACUGCAGAAAAUACGUACACCGUGCAUCUCGACGCCUGGAACUGUAGCUGUGCCGCUUUUGCAUUUUCUGCUUUUCCUGCUUCUUCUUCUUCUACUCAUCCCUAUCCAUACAUUUCUACUUCUACUUCUACGUCCACUUCAUCGACUUCGUAUUUUCCAUGGAGCUUGAAGGAGAGCUCUCCCGAUGAGGAAUGUUUAAAUUCAGUGGAGAAGGGAGAGGGAAAGGGGAAGGGGAAGGGAAAGAGGAAGGGAAAGAAAGAGGAGGAAAAGUGGCAAUAUGGAGGCUGGACGAAAACAUCCCAAGUACCCAUCUGUAAACAUUUAUUGGCGUGUUUGUUGGUGGAGAGGUGGAGUGAUGUGCUAGGGAUGUAUGUACGAGAGAGGGUUGUGGGGAGGGAGGAAAUGGGUGGGUUGGUGGGUUGA